UCUCAGUGUAGGGAAAGGCAGGGAUGAGAUGUGACAGGGAAGUUGGUUUCUAUGAAACUUAGGAAAAUUGACCAAAUACCAUGAAAACAUCAAAAUCCCUCUUGAACUAAUAGUCUGCCCCCAGGCUUUUAAUUUUAUUUCAGUUAAUUGAAGAAAGGCAUCAACACUCACUAUUCUGACACUUUUUUUUAAGAAUGUGUGAGGCAGUUAGCUAGCAAGCUAGCUAGCUGAGGCGGCAGGAGGAGAACAAUAGAUUUUUUCCAGGUUUUGACCGGUUGCACUGACACACAGUCCAUGCAGAACGUGUCAUCACCAACACAAUGCCCGUGUUACUUUUUCUGAUAGACACGUCCGCUUCAAUGAACCAGCGCACCCAUCUGGGCACUACCUAUCUGGACAUAGCAAAAGGCGCUGUUGAGACUUUCAUGAAGCUCAGAGGCAGAGAUCCGGCGAGUCGAGGGGACCGUUACAUGUUGAUAAAUUUUGAGGACGUUCCCCUCGGAAUCAAGGCUGGAUGGAAAGAAAGCCAUUCCACGUUUAUGACAGAGUUGAGGAACCUUCAAGCAACAGGACUGACAACUGUCGGACAGUCUUUGAGGACCGCUUUUGAUUUGCUCAAUCUAAAUAGAUUAGUGUCUGGGAUAGACAACUAUGGACAGGGAAGGAAUCCCUUCUUCCUCGAGCCGUCCAUCAUCGUGGCUAUCACCGAUGGCAACAAGCUCACCAGCAGCAGUGGAGUCCAGGAUGAGCUUCACCUCCCCCUGACCACCCCUCUUCCUGGCAGCGAGCUGACCAAGGAGCCGUUCCGCUGGGACCAGCGACUGUUUGCUCUGGUGCUGAGGAUCCCUGGACACGCUUCGGUCGAGCCAGAACCUCUGGGGGGGGUUCCAUCUGAUGACUCGGCCAUCACCCCCAUGUGUGAGGUCACCGGAGGUCGCUCCUACAGCGUGUUCUCCCAGCGCAUGUUGAAUCAGUGUCUGGAGUCGCUGGUGCAGAAGAUCCAGAGCGGUGUGGUCAUCAACUUCGAGAAGACCGGCCCGGACCCGCCUCCACUGGAAGAUGAGGUCCCGAAGCCCGGCCCCCAGCCCUGGCACAGCUGCCACAGGCUCAUAUACGUGCGACCCAAUCCCAAGACCGGCGUUCCCAUUGGCCACUGGCCCAUCCCGGAAGCCUUCUGGCCGGACACCAACUCCCCCACACUGCCCCCCCGCUCGGCGCACCCCCACGUCCGUUUCUCCUGCAUGGACGCGGAGCCCAUGGUGAUCGACAAGGUUCCCUUCGACAAGUACGAGCUGGAGCCGUCGCCUCUCACUCAGUACAUCCUGGAGAGGAAGUCCCCUCACACCUGCUGGCAGGUGUUUGUAUGUAACAGUGCCAACUACAGUGACCUGGGUCAGCCGUUUGGCUACCUGAAGGCCAGCACGGCUCUGAACUGUGUCAACCUGUUUGUCAUGCCUUACAACUACCCUGUCCUGUUACCUCUACUGGAUGACUUGAUCCGGGUGCACAAGUUCAAGCCCCCUGUGAAAUGGCGUCAGCUGUUUGAGAACUACCUGAAGACCAUGCCACCGUAUUACAUAGGGUCUCUCCGGAAGGCGCUGAGGAUCAUGGGAGCUCCAAACCUCCUGUCGGACAACAUGGAGUAUGGCAUGAGUUACAGCGUGGUGUCCUACCUCAAGAAGCUCAGCCAGCAGACUAAGAUAGAGUAUGAGCGGCUAAUAGCGUCUGUGGCCAAGAAGGUGUCGUCGGAGGGUGGGAUCAAGGUGCGUACCCGUGGGGGCGUCGUCUCCCUGGCCCAGCGCCGGGACUUCACCAAGCUUCUGGCCAGCAUCACGGGCGAGACGGCCUCCCUGCCGCAGGAGCUCAACACGACGGAGUUCUCUGGCUUUCAGCUGGCCACUCUGAACAAGAGUCUGAAACAUCAGGGUUUCCGGAACGCCUACGACAUUCCCAGGAUGCACCUGUUGGAUCAGCUGAGCCGCAUGAGGAGGAACUUGCUGAGUGCCAACAUCUGUCGUCUCCGAGGACAGGACCCAGACCAGCUCCACUCAGUGCCCAUAGCCCAGAUGGGGAACUACCAGGACUUCCUGAAGGCCCUUCCCCAACCCCUCCGAGACGCAGACCCGGAGCGGCCCAAGCGUCUGCACACCUUUGGGAACCCUUUCAAACUGGACAAGAAGGGGAUGAUGAUUGACGAGGCGGAUGAGUUCGUGACAGGUCCCCAGAACAAGGGCAAGCGGCCGCCGGGGGACUCCAGCAUGCAGGGGUCUGGGGGCGGGGGUCCUAAAAGACGGAGGUGCAUGUCCCCUCUGCUGCGCCCCGGUCGGGCCUACACCCCCCCCGUCAGCCCGGCGGCCAGCCCCUCCAGACCGGCGCUCGACGAGAACCCCCCCAGCAGGCCAGACUACACGGCUGUACUGGGGAACCACGUGGGUAACCUGUACAGCCCUGAGGAAACACCCCGGCUACGCCCCGCGGACACCCCGCCCAGAACCCCUCCGGAUGCCCCCGGGAACCCCAUGGAGGAGGACGAGGAGCAGGAGUGCGGCGGGGGCGAGGAGGAGAACGGCUUUCCCCGGGAGGGGGAGCUCUCCGAGGGCAGUGAAGACGGAGGGGAGGCUGGGGGCGGGGAGGAGGAGGAGGAGGAGCAUCCGCCCCGGUACCCAUCACCCGGGGAACUCAAGAAGCUGAUGAACAGCGAGUGUCUGGAGGUCAACGCCGAGCUGAGAGCCCUCAUCACCAAGGAGAUACGGAAGCCAGGGAGACACUACGAAAAAAUCUUCUACUUCCUGAAGCAGAUCCAAGGAAGCUUUGACACACGUUUGAUUUUCCUCCAGAACAUUAUAAAGGAGGCCGCAAGGUUUAAGAAGCGGAUGCUAAUAGAACAGCUGGAGAAUUUUCUAGAAGAGAUCCACAACCGGUCUAACAACAUGAACCACCUAGGGGGCUUCUGACCCCACCCCUGGGACCUGCAACUUGAACCCCCCUGCCCUUUUUGCACCACUGCUUCACUCCUCCAACUGGGGAGUCCCGUCCAGGCGGAGGGAUUCGUUUGGAGAGAGGGGCGCGGUUGGUGUUCUGCCCUAAGUAAUUAAAUGACUGUUGGCCCGUCUGUCUUCAUCAGGGAACAGUGUCUUGUCUUCUCAGCGACGCUUCGUUGAAGCGAUAUCGCCAAGGGAGGGACGGGAGGCAACUUUCUAACCACCUCAGGGCCAAUAACACUGCAAUGUUUUGGGUCUCGUUCAAAUCUCUUCGUGGCUCAUGUUGCUUUUCCUCCCUAUUCAUCCCUCUUUUGGAGUUAUUUUUUGUUACACUGGGGUCGCGACCUGCACUUCUCAAUGUCCCGCGUGCCCGAGUAAAUGGUUCACUCCAAUAUUAACACAAAACAUUGUUUUAACCAAUAGUAACGCUGUGUUACUGUAUUAACCAAUGGAAAGGUUUUUCCACCUGUACAAUAAAACUAAAGUCCUGCAUGUAAUACUCAUUCACCUCCAUAUUUAGACAUAAGGUUUUUUGUGUGCUGGUGCCUCUGUUUACAUAAAACUGUGCAAAGUUAUUGUAGGGUACCUCUUUAUAACAAUCCUGUGAGCUGCAGUAAUAGCUACUCUACCUUGGGUCCAAAUGUGAACCGAGACACGAGUCGCAAGUGUCGAUUUAGCCCUCGGUUGCCUUGGCCGUAAAUGGAUUCUGUCAAGGGAGAUUUACCAAAUUCAAACAAUAAUUGCGUACCCUUUAAAUAGAAACUUGAUAUGCACACACCUCAGGAAAUGGACAGUAGUAUAAUGGUUUGCAACAAAACACAAGCACGCGUUUACCUUACCACACUCCUGAACCUCUGCCAUGGAACAGUCCGUGUCCCCUCAUACUGUCCCAUGUUCAAGGUAGAGUUGAGGCCCUGGGAUUCAUGCUAGGUGUUCGGUGUGGAGGCUAAACACUUGACAUCCUCACUGCCUAUGCCCCCCCCCACCACCCCACAGGGACCAAAUGUUUGCCGUGCUUGUCUUUGUAUGUGAAGAGGAUGCUACCAAAAUAGAGUAUUUUCAAUACGUUGUACAGAUGUAAAUAACUUUAGAGAAUUAUUUAAAGAGAUUGUUCAGAGGCAGGCUUUUGUAUUUCCAUGAAUUCAGUUUCUAUUUUUCACUGUGAAUGACAAUGUAAAUAAAAGUGUCACAUUGUG